UCUCCAAAAAGAUAUCUUUUCAUUAAUGGCGGACUCAGAAGGGCCCCACAAUCUGAUCGUCCCCAUCCGCAAUUCAGCGGAUCAUGUCCAUGUCUCAGUAAAUCUCCAAUUACGCACGCACGCCUCCACGAUUUGAUUUCUCAUGUUCCUUUUUGCACAAAAAGGGCGUAGAUUCUUUGCUAAUUUAUCUAAAGGGUAGAUUCCAUGGCCGGACAUGAUUUUCACCUCUGUAAAUCGAUCUCUUUUCUGAGCUUCAAAGCCUAGAAAAGGGGGCAGCCUUUUGUGAAGCAGCAAGCAUCUCUUCCCCCAACUAUUAAUUCGAUUCAAAUUGCCUUUGUAGCUUUUGUCCUUUUUCCUCGCAGGCUCCAAUACCCCCUUUUUCGAUCCUUUCCACCGUUGCUUUCUGAGCUUAAUUAGAUUUAUUAGCCAAUGGCUUGUACAAUUUUGGUGGAUUCUGCUCCAAUUUACUGAUGGGGCCGCCCGUGUUGUAAUGGAGUUGGUUUGGGGGUUAGGGUUAGGGAUUUGGUAUUUUUAAUUGGAAGUUUGUAUGACUUUGGAAUUUUCAACUUUGGAUAAACAGAAAAAAUAAUGGAACCCUUCCCUCUCAAGCUGACUGCUACGCGUUGAAUUUUCGUUGGAUUAUAUUAAGCUUUUCCAUUUCUGUGCGUUGGUUAGUUGUUUGAAGUUUGAAAAUUCUUUUGCUUGGAUUCGAUAUCUGUAAUGAGAUCUUGAGCAAUUUGGAGUUUUCUGGCAGCCGGCCAUCUCUGCAGGUUAUCCAACGCUCCAUUUGUUGUUCUUCGUAGAAUUCGUGAAAGCUGAUGUUGUUGGUGAAUUAGAUCUUGAGGAAAAUCCAUUUAAUUUUCAGAAUUUGUGGCUUUGUUAUAGAGGAUUGGUGUUAAGCAGAUUCAGUGAGCUAAGAUGGAUGAAAAUGGAGCUGAGGAUUGGAGGGAGACGGUGAGGAAAAUGCUUCCGCUGGGGGCGUCGAUUCCCGACGAGGAUAAUAUGGAUUAUUCGAUAGCUAUGGAGUACAACGGUCCUCCGAUUUCGUAUGAGAUUCCGAGGGCAGAGCCUCUUGAUAUGAAUUCCGAAUCAAUUCCAACUGCGGAGCCGAUCCCUUUAAGGAUGUCUCGAAUAGCAAGUAUCACGAAUCCGCCUCCUCGGAGUUCUAGGUUGUCAGGGAGUUCGGAAUCUGUAGUUUCUGUUCUACAGAAUCCUGAUUUUUCGUCGCCUUCUGUAUCGGCGUCUCCUGGUUCAGUGCGCAGCCAUGAUCAAGCUCCGAAGGAGCUUGCAAAUGAAGGGAGGAGAGCUACUGUUACGUUCAAUACCCUCGAUAAGUCGGAAAGGAAAGCUGCGGAUACGGAGAAGCAAGUAUAUCCCGAAUUCUUCGUCGAUAAGGAAAAGAAGAAAAGGAAGAAGACGAGAGUAUGUUAUCGUUGUGGGAAGGGGAAGUGGGAGGCGAAAGAGUCGUGUUUAGUUUGCGGUGCAAAGUACUGCGGCAAUUGCGUGCUCCGCGCAAUGGGAUCGAUGCCGGAAGGGCGCAAGUGCGUGCCGUGCAUCGGGGAACCUAUUGAUGAGUCGAACAGGUCGAAACUGGGAAAGCAUUCGAGGGUGUUGUCACGUUUACUCAGUCCUUUAGAAGUCAAACAUAUAAUGAAAGCAGAAAAAGAAUGCGCGGCUAAUCAGCUCCGACCCGAGCAGCUGAUCGUGAAUGGUUACGCCUUAAAACCGGAGGAAAUGGCUGAGCUUUUUGGCUGCCCUUUACCUCCCCGGAAACUUAAGCCCGGCCUGUAUUGGUACGACAAAGAAUCCGGCCUUUGGGGGAAGGAGGGAGAAAAGCCGGACAGAAUUAUCAGUUCGAAUUUAAAUUUCACCGGGAAGCUUAGUCCUCAUGCUAGCAAUGGGAACACCGAAGUAUACAUGAAUGGUCGGGAGAUUACGAAACUUGAGCUAAGAGUACUCAAGAUUGCCAACGUGCAAUGCCCUCGCGAUACUCAUUUUUGGGUUUAUGAUGACGGUCGCUACGAGGAGGAAGGGCAAAAUAAUAUUCGAGGAAACAUAUGGGAGAAGGCAUCGACACGGUUCGUCUGCUCGUUGUUCUCUUUGCCUGUACCCCAAGGUCAGCCUAACGGGAAUGAGCCCAGCAACUAUGCUGUAGUACCAAAUUAUAUCGAGAAGAAGAGGACUCAGAAGCUUCUUCUACUUGGACUCCCGGGUUCUGGAACCAGCACUAUAUUCAAGCAGGCUAAGUUUUUGUAUGGAAAGAAGUUUGGCCCCGAAGAACUGCAGGAUAUCAAGCUUAUGAUCCAAAGUAACAUGUACAGCUAUCUGAGCAUUCUGCUCGAUGCUCGAGAACGGUUUGAGGAGGCUCUAUCCAGAACGAAAGGGCAUACUUCAGAUCAAGAAGAACCCGAGUCAGGCGAAGAUAUCGACUCCAGCGGCAAUAAUCAUUGUGUAUAUUCUCUCACUCCGAGGUUGAAGGAUUUUUCCGACUGGCUUCUCGACAUCAUCGCUACUGGAGAUUUGGAUGCGUUCUUUCCUGCUGCAACCCGAGAGUACGCCCCACUUGUCGACGAAGUGUGGAGAGCUCCUGCCAUACAGGAGACAUACCGAAGAAAGAACGAGCUUCACUAUCUUCCUGAUGUAGCCGAGUACUUCUUAAAUCGGGCCGUUGAGAUAUCAAGCAACGAAUACGAGCCUACAGACCGUGAUAUCCUGUACGCCGAAGGCGUAACUCAGGGAAAUGGCUUGGCUGUAAUGGAGUUCUCCUUCGACGACCAUAGCCCCAUGUCGGAAGCCUAUGUCGACAAUCUGGAAGCUGCGCCAGCACCUCUGACAAAGUACCAACUUAUUCGAGUAAACGCCAAGGGAAUCGCCAACGGAUGCAAGUGGGUCGAAAUGUUCGAGGACGUUCGUGUAGUCGUCUUCUGCGUCGCCCUGAACGACUACGCACACUCGUGGGUAGCUCGGGAGUGCAACGGCAAUGGUACAUUGCUGCAAAACAAGAUGAUCAAAAGCAGGGAGAUGUUCGAAUCGAUGAUCAGGCAUCCAUGUUUCAAAGACACGCCGUUCGUGCUGAUCCUGAACAAAUACGAUCUCUUCGAGGAGAAGAUCAAUCGAAUCCCGCUCAGCACCUGCGAAUGGUUCACUGACUUCAGCCCCGUCCGGCCGCACAACAGCAACCAGUCCCUGGCGCACCAGGCGUACUUCUACGUAGCCAUGAAGUUCAAGGAUCUGUACGCUUCUAUGACGGGGAGAAAGCUGUUCGUGUGGCAAGCCAAGGCGAGGGACCGCCCGACGGUCGACGAGGCUUUCAAGUUCAUAAGAGAAGUGGUGAGAUGGGACGAUGAGAAGGCGGAUAAUUACUACGGCGGUGGUGCUGAGGAUUCAUUUUACAGCACGACGGAUGUGAGCUCGACGCCGUUCGUUGCAGCGCAAUAAUGAAUGGGAAGUGCAUUUUGAUGAUUGUAGUUGGUUAUGUGUGUAAAGAUGCUUGAUUUUGUUGUAAUGGAGGAUGGAGCUGCGUGGAAGAUAUGAAUUCUGUAGCAAAA